AUGCGCAUAACCUACAACCAACACACCCUCCUGGACACCCAAAUCCUCCCUUCCCCCUUCUCCCAAUUCGAAUCCUGGUUCAACGACGCCAAACGCGACGCCCUGACCACCUCCGUCGAGCCAAACGCCAUGAACCUCGCCACAUCCACCCGCGACGGUCGGCCCUCGUCGCGGAUGGUCCUGCUGAAAGAUUACGAUGAGGACGGGUUUGUGUUUUUCACGAAUUAUGAGAGUCGGAAGGGGAGGGAGUUGAGUGAGAACCCGUGGGCGGCGCUCAAUUUCUGGUGGGGACAGCGGAGUGUGCGUGUCGAGGGCCGGGCCGAAAAGGUAGACGCGGCCGAGAGCGAUGAGUACUACAACUCUCGCCCCAGGGGGUCGCGGAUCGGGGCGUGGACGUCGCCGCAGAGUUGUGCGUUGCAGGGGAGGGAGGAGUUGGAGAGUUUGGAGAGGGAGGUGGAGAAGAGGUUUGAAGGGGUGGAGGAGAUCCCGCGGCCGCCGUUUUGGGGCGGGUUUAGGGUUGUCCCGGAGCGGAUUGAGUUUUGGCAGGGGAGGCCGAGUCGGUUGCAUGAUCGGAUUGAGUUUAGGAGGACGGAAGGUGGGAAACGGUGGAAGAUGGCUAGAUUAGCGCCCUAG